GGUUAGCAGGGUGUGCCAUGUGUACAGCCUCAGACUCAGCUCAGAGAGUCAGAGAGAGGAGCUCUGAAAGCCAUGGCAGACCCCAAACCUGAAGGAACCUACGAGCAGCUGAAAUGUCUUAUCUGCUCAAAAACAUUCACGUGCCCUGUGAACCUAUCCUGCAGGCACAACUUCUGCAAGGCCUGCCUGGAAGAACGGUGGGACAAAGUGGAGAACGAGGAUAGCUACAGCUGCCCGGAGUGCCGGCACACCUUUGAAACCAGACCCAAAAUUCAAAAGGAUCCUCUCCUUAAUGGAAUGGUGGCAGAGCCGUCGAACAAAGAGGCAGAUGAAAUCAACACACCCCCCUCUGAAGAGAAGGACAAGGUCCUAGAACAGAAUGAAGAGGUCAUAGAAAAGAAAGAAGGGGGCACUGAAAAGACUGACAAGGUCAUAGAGAAAGACAAAGUCAUAGAGAAAAAGGAUGAGGAAGAGGAUGUGGUCUGCGACUCCUGCAUCGAGACUCAGUCCAGGGCUGUGAAAUCCUGCCUCACCUGCCUGGUCUCUUACUGCGAAGUCCAUCUGAGACCUCACCUGGAGAAGAGCAAGUUCCAGAACCACAAGCUGGUGGAGCCGCUGCGGGACAUCGAGGGCCGGACCUGCGAGGUCCACAACAUGCCCCUGGAUCUCUUCUGCCAGGAGGACUGGAGCUGCAUAUGUCAGGAGUGUAUAAUCGAGGAGCACAGCGGGCACAAAACUGCACCCUCAGGGGAAGCCAGGAAGGAGGUGGAGAAUGAACUAAAGCAAACACAGACUGAGCUGGACAAGAAGGUGAAGGCAGCAGAAACCGUUAUCAACAAACUGCAGACCAACGCCACCUCCAUUGAGAACUCAGUGCAGGAAGUGAAGGUCAGCAUUGACCAGCAGUUCUCAGAGCUGCUGGAGGCUGUUGAGAAGGCUAAGAAGGAGACGAUGGAGGCCCUGGACAGUGAAGAGCGCUCAGCAGUGAAGCAGGUGGAGGGCAUCAGGGCACACCUCGAGCAGAAGCGUGCAGACCUCAAGAAAACCCACACCAAGAUUGAGAAGAUGACCAAGAACAAGAAUGAUGUUCCCUUCCUCCAAGAGUACAGCGAGUGGAAGAAGGGGGUCUCCGAUGACACCCUACCCAGCGUCUACAUUGAGCUGAAGGACAGACUCACCUCCUUCAGCAGAGUGGUGUCUGAGACCUCGCAGGUCAUUCAGGACGAGCUGCUCUCCAAAUUCAAGAACAAGCUCAAAGAGCUCUGCAAAGAUGAUAAAUGUGGAAUUAAAACCACAGUGGCUCUAAUCUGCUCCCCUAAGCACCACAUAUCAGCCCCUGAACCGAAGACCAGGAGCGAUUUCCUACAAUAUACCUCCCCGGUGAGCUUUGACCCUGACACAAUGCACCGGUACCUGAGGCUGACAAUGGACAACCACAAAGUGACUAACACCGCCCCUUGGCAGCACCAGUACCCGGACGUGCCGGAGAGGUUCGAGCACUGGCGGCAGGUGCUGUGCGUGGAGAGCUUCUACCUGGGCCGCCACUAUUUCGAGGUGGAUAUCAGCGGAGAGGGGACCCACGUGGGGCUCACCUACAAGAGCAUCGACCGCAAGGGGAAGGAGAGCACCAGCUGCAUCACCGGCAACGACUUCUCCUGGUGCCUGCACUGGAGCAACAGGGACUUCUCAGCCUGGCACGGCGACUUGGAGACGCCUGUCAAGGCCGUUGGCAAGUUCACCAGGAUCGGCAUCUAUGUAGACUACGCUCGGGGAAGCCUGGCUUUCUACGGCGUUGCUGACUCCAUGACUCUAAUCCACAAGUACCAGGCAGAGUUUACUGAGCCGCUCUAUCCUGCCUUCUGGCUCUCCAAGAAAGAGAAUGUGGUGCUGCUGGUGAGCCCCGGCGAGGUGCUUCCUCAGAAGAGCCCGUCACCCCCUCCAACCCCAUCAAGUGAAGCCGGGGCGCAAACUGCACAGUACCAUGUUUAUCCUAUUUAGCAUCUUUUAGACUGACUUGAUAUUGUGAUGAGAUUGUGAAACGAGUUGCACAACCAGUGGCUUAGAUCAGUGCCCCCUCUAGUGGGUCACUUUUGUAUUACAGCAGGUGUCUUACAUGGAAAGCCACGUAAAUGUAACAAAAUCUUUUUUUUUUUUUAAAUUACAUUUCCUUAUAUGUAAUAAGUUUUUACCUAUUAAUUCAAUAUACAUAACACUCACAGUUUAUAGACCACUCAGUGUUAGUCUUUUAUUAGUAUAAUCUGGUUAUUAUAAGCAAAUAAUGUUUAAUAAAAACAGAUCUUAUUUUUAUUUGAUAUUAUGGGUACCAACAAUUCAUGCAUUUAUUAUAUCCACUAUGUAUUACUAAAUGUGUGGAAUUGGGGUGCAUGUAACGGAACAUAGAAACACCUAACUCCUAAAUAAAUAUAAAUAUAAUGUAAUGCCUUGUGGCGGGUGCCCACCCUUGUGUGUUUUUUAUGUUUUAUGUGGUGUGUUAGUGUUGGUGUGUAUUGGUGCACAGGGUGUAAAUUGGGCUGUGUAGCACAGGUGAGUUAAAAUAUAUAUUUGUAUUUAGGCAUGGGGAUUGCACAAUCACUUCACAUGCAGAUAACUUGUGUAUUAGUAUUUGAGCACGGCUAGAUAUAUCUGCACGUGAAUUACUUUGUGACACACCAGUGCUCAAAUACUAAUGCUAAUACCCAGCCAUAUGCAUGUAAUGUGAUUUUAUUUUUAAAUCCUGGGGAUUAACAGUUGAGGCUUCUGGUAUUGUGAUUCAAGAAACUUCCUUAGCAAAUGAUCUUCAGUGGUAACGCAUUGCUGUACAGUGCUGGCAUACCAAUAGUACAGCAAUGAUGCUGAUCAAUGCAUACAAAUGAUCCAUCAAGGUACCAUGAUACCACUGAGUUUGCUGCUAUUGUUGGUUAUGCUAUGGUUUCUAUGGGGUAAUACACUGGAAUUGUAGUGGUGGUGUUUUUUCAAUUUGUUAUGUAAUGCAUCAAAGUGACUGACUCAGGUCAUUGUGCUUAUCCUGUUAACCUCUUGAAAAAUGGGCUUCAAUUUGGCUUUGUUUGUAACAAUGGAUUUUAGAUAGGAAAAAAAAAACCCACUAACAAUGUAUUGAUGUAUAAAAAAUAGUGUAAUAAUUAUGAUCACAAAUAAAAUCUAUUUAAAA